AGAGCGGAGACAGAAGGAUUGCGCGUGCGCGUUCUGUUGCGCGUCCACGAGCAGCGCGCGGCUUUGGGGGAGAAGGAGCGCUCGUGCUCGGUCAGGCUCAUGCAGCAUCUAUAGCUAAACAUAUAUAAUAUAUAAAUAAAUAUACAUCUAUAUAUCCAUGGAAGUGAACUAGGGAGCGGGUUGUUUUUAUUUUUUAUUUCUUUUUCUUUAUUUGUUUUGGAUUCGCUGAACGCAGUGAUUUAUCAUGGCUGAGAUGGAGAGUCUGAGCCCUACAUAUGAGGUGUCCCCAGUCUUGGCGGGAUUUCUCGGUGCAGGGGUUUUGGUCGUCACGGUGACGGUGGCCAUCUUCCUAUGGACUUGUUGCCAGCGUCAGUAUCGCAGGAUGACGUUUAAGCUGAGCAACGGCCCGUUUGAUUCGCCCACCGACCCGCCGUUAAAGUUCAUCCACAUGCUUAAGGGCAUCAGCAUCUACCCUGAAACCCUCAGCAACGCCAACAAGAUCAUAAGAGUAGGCCGGAGGUCAUCGACAUGGCAACGGAAUCACGAUUCUGACAUUGAGGGUCAUGCGCAUUUGCAGAUGAACCACCUGGUACCACCAAAGCUGGAGCGAGCGCUGCCAAUCCGGGCAAAUUACUGCUGCUCUGAAAGCAGCAGCUGCGACUCGGCGAGUAAGACCCCGACUCCGUUCAGCCUCGACUCGCCCUCGUUAGGCACCCUAGAUCUCGCCAUUGACUACAACUUUCCCAAAAAGGCGCUGGUGGUGACAAUUGUUGGUGCGCGAGGUCUCCCGGCUGUUAACGAGCAGACGGGAAGCUCAGACCCAUAUGUGAAGAUGAGCAUCCUGCCUGAGAAGAAACACCACGUAAAGACCCGUGUGAUGAGGAAGACCCUGGAGCCUUCGUUUGACGAGACCUUCACCUUCUACGGUGUUUCUUUCAGCGCACUGGCUGACCUUACACUGCACUUCCUGGUGCUGAGCUUCGACCGAUUUGCUCGCGAUGACGUGAUCGGAGAGGCGUUGGUGUCGCUGUCGGGUGUCGAGCUUAGCGCAGGGAAAGUCCACAUCAGCCAGCAGAUCACCAAGAGGAACGUACAGUGUGGGAGACGUGGUGAGCUGCUGGUGUCUCUGUCCUACCAUCCUGCCACACACAGACUGAACGUGGUGGUGCUCAAAGCCAAACAUCUUCCUACCAUGGACAUCACCAGCCUGCCAGGCAACCCGUACGUGAAGGUCAACGUGUUUUACGGCCGCAGACGCAUCGCCAAAAAGAAGACCCACGUGAAGAAGUGCACGCUCGAGCCGGUCUUUAACGAGUCAUUCGUGUACGACGUUCCCACCGAGCUCAUGGCCGACAUCUCUGUCGAGUUCCUGCUCAUCGACUUCGACCGCACCACCAAGAACGCCGUAAUGGGCCGUCUGGUGCUGGGCGGUCAGAGCCCUACGCCGUCUGGCGUCACGCACUGGAGGGAAGUGUGCGACAAUCCGCGGAGGCAGAUCGCCAAGUGGCACAACCUGUCUGAGUUCUAACCUCAGCGUCCCUCCGUCCCUUCACCGUAAAGCUAGAAACCUGUCUGUUUCCCUUCGCUCCUGUAGGUGUAUCCCAACCUGAAUACGCGCGCGUGUGUGUGUGUGCGCGCGUGUGUGUGUGUGUGUGUGCGUGUCCGGAGUCCUGGCUUGGACCCUGCAUUUACACAAAGUACGAUUUUACUCGAGCGACUCCUGCGCUCCAUUCACACGGAGGCCCUGUUUUUCCUCUGAACUCUUGUCUCCUAUUUGUUAGACCUGAGGACCGCCAGCUCACACGUUUUGGACAAUUGGACACAAUAUUCCUGAUCGCACCGUAACCUGCCAUCAGACGCCAUUCGGAAUAAAUCUUACCAUCUAAAAGCGUAACAUUAGCACACAGCCUUCUUUGGGGAGGAUUUCGAAUAAUCUUUAAAACGAAAAAUCUGUUCCUGACUGUAUUCGCUUACCGAGGAGGAGGAGGAAGAAGACGAGGAAGAAGCUAGACUUGUUCGAGAUCGACACAAAGUCCCACGGCUUUAUUUCCUUCUUUAGCUGAUAAGAAACCUUGAAACCUUUAAGUCACUGAUAUAAUGAUGAAAAGAUCCGUACGCAGGAGUCUGACUCUGGUUUAUUAAUGUUUUUUUCUUUUUUUUUCUUUUCUUUUCUUUUUCUUCUUCGCCUUAAAUCCUGAUGAGAGUUUUAUUGUUUAUUUUCGAAUAAUUCCUCCACGGACACCAUGGCAACAGCGAGGUUGUAAAUAAUCCUUGUGAAUAAUUCACAACCGAUGAUGAAGCUUCGUUAAAUCAAAGGAUCGAUCGUGGCCGAAACACAAAGUGGGCGUGGCUUCUAGAUGAGAUUUAAACACAGUACUGCUUUAGGGCCUUUUUACACCUGGUCACUGUGUGUGUUGUCUCUGAUCCGAUAGCUAACUGAUUUGUUAAAACUGUUCCAUUUACAUCAGGCCACAUAAACGCUUCUCGGCGAAUCGGAUUUCGACCCGAUCUUUCUACACCCGCCCAAAAUGCCAAUAUAUUUUACCUCAUUUCCAUGGAACACACUUUGGUGUAUACGUUUUUCAGAAUGCGAUCUAAAAGAAGACGAAAAACCUUGUAAUGAUGGUUACAGUAUGCUACAAAAAACAGCAUUUACUUUGAUCUGUUUCUGGCGCCGGGGGUUUCCUCCGGGUACUCCGGUUUCCUCCCCUGGUCCAAAGACAUGCAUGGUAGGUUGAUUGGCAUCUCUGGAAAAUUGU